AUGUUUCUGCACGAAUUUGUGAUGAAUUUCUGUGUUUGGACGCUGUUCUUCGCCGUUUUUCUCUUCGGCAGCUCCUCGGCUCUGAAGCAAGGACAAAUUUGCAUCGCGAACAGUAACUGUGACUCUGGGCUGCAUUGCGAGACGUGCCUCGCGAACGGCAAUGUCAGGCCGCGGUGUACUCUGAUUCAGCCUAUCAGUCCUCUUUCCAAGGUGAACGGGCUGCCCUUCAAUCGGUACUCAUGGUUAACCACACACAAUGCAUUUGCGCUAUUGGGAGCUAAGUCGGCAACUGGAGGCAUCGUUUUAACUCCAGAGAAUCAGCAGGACUCCAUUACUGAUCAACUCCACAAUGGAGUCAGAGGGUUGAUGCUUGAUAUGUAUGACUUCCAAAAUGAUAUCUGGCUGUGCCACUCAUUCGGGGGAGUUUGCUACAACUACACAGCUUUUCAACCGGCCAUAAAUGUUCUGAAGGAGGUACAGCAGUUUCUUGAGUCAUAUCCUUCUGAAAUAGUCACCAUAAUCAUCGAGGACUAUGUUGCCUCUCCUAACGGCCUUACCAAGGUUUUCAAUGCUUCUGGGCUGAGGAAAUUCUGGUUCCCAGUAUCUCGAAUGCCGAAAAAUGGUGGAGAAUGGCCGACAGUCGAUGAUAUGGUCAGGCAGAACCAACGUCUAGUAGUCUUCACUUCAAAAGCUUCUAAGGAGUCCUCAGAAGGCAUUGCCUAUGAAUGGAAAUACUUAGUAGAAAAUCAGUAUGGAAAUGGUGGAAUGGUAGCUGGAUCUUGUCCAAACCGUGCAGAAUCGCUUGCCAUGAACGAAACAUCAAGGUCUCUUGUUCUGAUGAACUAUUUUCCAGAUACUCCAGAUGUGGCAACAGCCUGCAAACACAAUUCAGCCCCUCUGAUUAGCAUGAUGAACACAUGCUACCAAGCAGCUGGGCAAAGGUGGCCCAAUUUUAUCGCGGUUGAUUAUUACAAGAGAAGUGAUGGAGGUGGAGCACCCGAAGCAGUAGAUAUGGCAAAUGGUCAACUUGUGUGCGGCUGCAAAACUAUAUCCUCUUGCCAGGAAAAUGCAACCUUUGGAGCAUGUGAAAAACGUCAUCCAGUUGAUCCUCCAAAUGGGCCAGGUCCGAGGUCCGGAACAUCUGACAGCAGACUCUUUCAAUUGCGAUUGCUGCUCGGUUUACUGUUUACAUCAAUAGUGGCCUUGUGA